UCUACAUGACCAACCAAGUCAUAGCCGACCCAGGCGGUGGGAUGUUCAUAUCAGAUCCAAAAAAGCCAGCAGGUGGACAUGUUCUAGCUCACGCAGCCACAAUCAGGCUCUCGUUCAGGAAAGGCAAAGGAGAACAACGUGUCUGCAAAGUCUUCGAUGCUCCAAAUCUCCCUGAAGCUGAAGCCAUUUUCCAGAUUACUUCAGGAGGCAUUGCAGAUGCGAAGGAUUAGAGCGAGCGAGCUCUUUCAUGCCUUAAUUACCAGCGAGCACUCUCAUGCCUUAAUUACCAAAUUAUGUCUGUUAUUUAACUUUGCUGCUUGUUUCUAUUAUGCGUUAUUAAGCCCCAAACGAUUUCUACAAAGGGGAUUUAUUUUACUUGUUUCUAUUAUGCAUCGAAUCAGAAUAUGAAUAGAGUUAUUUUUAUUCUUA